AGAUGUACGUGGUCAUCUCGUACACGCAGAGGGACUUCAACACAGCACUGUCAGCCAAGAAGCAGACCGACUUCUACCACGCGGUCUUCAAGUUCAUCAUCAUCAUCCUCUUUGCUGCGCCCUUCUUCGCUCUCUUCGACUACGUCCAGGAGCUGCUGUCUCUCGAGUGGCGCUUGUGGCUCACAAACCUCCUGCUCUCCAGAUACUUUGCCAACCACGCGUUUCUGGAUCUGAAGAUGGCUGGUUUGCUCGACAACCCCCACACACAACCCUUUUCCCCCAACCCACCCCCACACCCCUCCCUCCUCCUCACCCGGCCUGUGCCAAAGCCAGCCAACCACGCGUUUCUGGAUCUGAAGAUGGCUGGAAAGCUCGACAACCCCGACCAGCGUAUCUGCGAGGACGUGAAGCACUUCGUCAGGACGUCUCUGAAUAUCAUAAUCACCCUUAUCGAGAAGAUGAUGAAUCUCGUCGCCUUCGCCUACGUUCUCUGGGACAUCUCUCCUCCUCUAGUCUGGUUCCUGCUGGCCUAUGCAGUCUCAGGCACAUUUGUGGUGGUCAGAGUGUUUGGGAAGCGGCUCACGUGGCUGCAGUUCCAGGGCUUCCAAAGAGAGGCAGACCUGCGUUAUUCCCUAGUACGAGUAAAGGACAACGUGGAGUCAAUUGCGUUUUACAGGGGAGAGGUCAAGGAGGAGGCAUCAGCCAAGUCCUUCCUGCACAGAGUGGCUCUCAACGUGCGCAACCGUCUAGUGGUGCAGUUCCACCUCUCCUUCUUCACAAACCUUUAUGAUUUCGCCACCAUCUUCGUCCCUGCUGUCAUCGUCGCCCCGCGCUACUUCUCCGGAGAUGUGGAGUUUGGCGUGAUAGCGCAGGCGGGCUAUGCCUUCAGCACCAUUUAUCGCGCCCUCACAGUCAUAGUCCUCAACUUCAACUCCUUCAGUGAGCUAGCAGCGGAGACAGAGCGUCUGGAAAGCCUACUGGCCUCCCUCUCCGACUUUGCAGCAGAUGACUCCAGCAAGCUCUUCUCCCACGCCUCCCCCCAUGGCCCCUCCCACGGCCCCUCCCACCCCCCUCACUCCCACUCUCACCCCUCUCACACUAAAUCAACCACCAAAGAUCCCUCCUCUCAUUCCUCCACCUCCUCGCACUCUCUGGCUCUCGGUCAUUCCCUCUCUCUCCAGCCCUCCCAUACCACCUCCGCUUCCUCCUCCUCUCUCGCCCCCACUCUCUCGGGCCAGAGGCUUGCCGCCCGUCACACUUCUGAAUCCUCACCUGCACUCGUAUCAGCAGCAGAGACAUCGGCAGACUCUGUUGUUUCAGGAGUUUUGCCAGGUGGUUCCCACGGGGAGGGUGCACCUUUGUUGGAGUUGAGUGCUAUGGGGGGGAGCGCAGGUGGUGGUGGUGCUGCUGCUGAAAGAGAAGCUGAUGUUAUUGAAUGCACUACUGCAACAGGUCGCAUUCAGCGCAUAGAAGGUCCAUGCCUCACACUCACCUCUGUAGUCAUCCGCACACCUAACCUCCGCCACACGCUCUACCCCUCCUCCCUCUCCUUCUCCCUCCCCCCCGGCGCCUCUCUCCUCGUCAUGGGUCCUUCCGGCUGCGGAAAAUCGUCCCUCCUGCGAGCCAUUGCCGGCCUGUGGAAAUUCGGCGAGGGAACCAUCGAGUCUCCGCCGCCCGGGAAAACUUUUUUCCUGCCCCAGAAGCCGUAUAUGCCGCUAGGAACGCUCCGGGACCAGCUGGUUUUUCCUGGAAAUGCUCUGGAGGGAGAACUGUUGCAUGCGCUUCAGGAGGUUUCACUUCCGGAUUUGGCUGAACGGGUGGGAGGGCUGGCUGUGGAGUGUGACUACUCGGACAUGCUUUCUAUGGGGGAACAACAGCGGGUGGCGUUCGCUCGUCUUCUUCUGCAGCGGCCGUACAUGGCGUUUUUGGACGAGGCGACGAGUGCGUUGGAUGGGGCGAACGAGGCGCGGCUGUAUGGGAUGAUGCGCGAGAGGGUGAAGUCGUUUGUCAGUGUGGGGCACAGGACGAGCUUGAUGAAGUUCCACACGCUGGUUCUGGCAUUUGACGAGGAUGGCGAGGGAGCUCCGUUUCAGCACCUGAAACGAAAUGAAUCUGAUUGUAACGAGGAUGAGAGUGAGGAACCAGGAGAUCUACACCCAUACGCCGACGAGAUCCGCCACCUUAUUCAGAAUCCGCCUCCACCCAACCACGUGCUGCCACCUGGCACCACACCACCACCACCUCUAAAUGACCCUGGUGUCACAACCUCAUCGGCUCUCCCUUCUCAAGCACCCUCCUCCUCCUCCCCGUCCUCCUCCUUCCACUGGGUAUCCACGGAGCACCAGCUAGCGUCUCUCGCAGCGUUGCUGGAGAGCCAGGACGAAUUUGCAGUGGACACAGAGCAGCACAGCCACCGGUCCUUCCUCGGCUUCACUGCCUUGAUCCAGAUCUCCACUCCAGAUGGCUCUGACUAUAUCAUCGACGCCAUUGCCCUGCACGACCACAUAGGGCACGCCCUCCGGCCUGUCUUUGCCAACCCAGCCGUCACGAAGCUGUUCCACGGGGCGGACUCCGACGUGCUCUGGCUGCAACGAGACUUCCACAUCUACACCGUCAACCUGUUUGACACAGCACGGGCCUGCUCGGUUCUUAACAAGCCCUACCGCUCGCUGGCAUUCCUCCUGGACCGCUACUGCCACGUCAGCACCGACAAGCGCCUGCAGCUGGCCGACUGGCGCCGCCGCCCGCUGCCGCCCACGAUGCUACAGUACGCGCGCACGGACUCGCACUACCUGCCGCACAUCGCCGGCCGGCUGCGGUGGGAACUGGUGCAGGCAGACACAGGCGGAGAGGGCGGAGAGGGAGCAUUCGCAAACGGGAAGGGAGAAGCGGUAGCAGGAGGAGCAGCAGCAGCAGCAGCAGCGGCAGGAGCAGCAGCAGGAGCAGGGGGAGGAGGAAGGAGAGGGUCUCGGGCAGGGCACAGCAGUGGAUCCAAGUAUGAAGAGGCAGUGAGGAGGUCAAAUGCACUGUGCCUUCAGCUGUAUGAGAAGCCAGGGGAGAGGAGUGCCGGUGCUGACAGGAGCAGUGCAGUUGGGGAGGCUGGGAGGGAGCGAGGUGAGCGAGAGGAGGGGGUAGCAGCACAAGGGCGUGGGGGGUUUGGAGCGGUGGGAGGGAGUGCUGAGGCGGCAGCAGCGGCGGCGGCGGCACUUUUCCGCCAGCUGUUGGGCGUUUGUGGGUAUGUAGGAGGUUCUGCACUUUCAGGUGGAUUUUCAGGUGAUUCCGCUGGUUCAGGAGCCGGCUCUGUGGCACCUGACGCUGCUGCCACGUCAGCAGGUCAGAAAACGUCGGAUCGGUCGGAGGUGUUACGGGAAGUGAGGGCUGUGCUUGAUGUGGUAACCAGAUGGCGCGACACUGUAGCGCGGGAAGAACACGAAAGCCUGCGGUUCCUCCUUGCUGACGUGGCAGUGGUCGCCGUGGCACUGCUACGGCCUGCCACGUGUCAGGAGCUGAUUGGUUGCGUGGCCAAGGCCAUGGCAGCCGCUGCUGCUCUCACACCGCCCUCGAUGCGAGAAGAGGCCGGCGUUCCUCGGCCUAUUCAAGGAGGGGGUAGUGGAGGGGAGAGUGGAACCGUUGAGUCAACAGAAGGAGCUGCUAUGCCAGCAUCAGUAGCGGAACAACAAGCUACUCCAUCUCAGCCCACUUCACCUUCCCCCUCGCCUCCUCUCGUCCGUCGAUCUCCCGAGCUGGUCGCGCUGAUCAACGCCACGUGUCGCGACGUGAGAGGUGGCGAAGGGUCGAGGGGACUAGUGGAGAGUGCAAGUGAUACUGCAACAGACCCACCACCCGCCCCACUCCCCCCGAACCUCGCGUCACCUCUCUCCGUCCGGCUGCUCUUCCAACCCAAGGGGCGUCCAGAAGACGACGAGAACGAGUUCUACAUCCAAUCCAAGUCCAACCGCUGCGUCUCCUGCGGCGAAUCCACCCACUACCUGCGCUACCGCCUCGUUCCCUCCUGCUACCGCCACGCGUUUCCUGAGCAUCUGAAGUCGCACCGGAGCCAUGAUAUUGUGUUGUUAUGUGUUGAUUGCCAUGACGUGGCACAUCGUGCGGCUGAGAUUCACAAGAGGGAGGUUGCGCGGAGGUUCGGGGUUCCGCUGCUGCUGUCGCCGCUGGAUCGGAGGCUCGGCGGAGGGUCGGGUGAGGGUGUGGGUGAGAGGGGGGGAGAAGGGGCGGGAGAGGGGGGGAGCGUAGUUGGGAAUGGGGCUGAGAGGGAAGGUGGGGAGGAGGAGGGAGGUGGGGAGAUGGAGGGUGAGGGGGGUGUGAGUGGUGAGCGGAAUGGGGGAAGGGAUGCAAGAGUUGAAGCUGCAUUUCUUUUGAAUGAUGCUGCCCGGUCAGCAGUUGCGGUUUUACGGCACGGGGCAUCUCUGCCCGAAAGCAGGCUCUGCGAGCUGCUUCUGCCCGUGUGGAAAGUUUUGAAGCGGGCAGCGGGCAGCCCGGUGAAAAUUGAGGAGCUGGAGAUGGUGGUGCAGGCAGGGAAGGGGACCAGACACGGAACCAAGGUGGUAGCGCUGCUGCUGGCGGGCGGGGGGGAGGCGGGGAUAAGGGAGUUCACGCAGCAGUGGAGGGAGGUGUUUGUGGCGGCGCUACAGCCGCGCUUCCUGCCGCCCGGCUGGGACGUGCAGCACCUGGGGCGACGGCAGUUUGGGGAGUUCUCCGUGUAUAAUCCACAGCGGAGGAGAUAUGUGAGGGAAGAAGGGAAUGAAGGGGGAAGGGAGGGAGGGGAGGGAGGAGGGGAGGGAGGGGAGGGAGGGAAGGGAGGAAGGGAGGAAGGGAGGAAGAAGGGGGAGAAGGGGAGGAACUGUAAGGUACCACACUGGUACCGUAUGCUGGUUGGUUUACGUGACCCUUUGAUGUUCUAUGGGAAGGGCGGAAGGGACAGGGCGGGAGGGAUGGGAGAAUAUGGGAGUGUAGGGGGGGAGGGAAAAGUUUUGAGCCCACAGGUGUAG